AUGUUCCUAGACCACCUACGCUCCGCACACCUGACAAGAGAGUGUGUCACGGAGUCUUUCGACGUCGGAGCACUGUAUACGAAUGUAUCUAAUGACUCUGCGAUACAGGCUAUGUUCGAACUGCUGAAAGAUAACAUAAAAACCAUCAAUUUGCACGGAUUGUCAAUCUCCCAAUUGAUGGUUCUUCUCAAGGCGUGCCUCGACUGCAAUAUCUUUAGAUGGUCCGGAAAUUACUUUGCACAACCUAAAGGUUUAGCUAUGGGACAGAGAUUGGCUCCUACCUUAGCUAUUUCAUUUAUGGCCAAAAUUGAAGCACCUGUUCUGGAACUACGUCCUUUGUUCUACUCUCCGUACAUUGACGAUUGUUUUAUCAUUUGCACCACCCAAGCAGAGAUGGACAAAUGUUUUGACUUGUUGAACCGACAGUCCGAACACAUAAAACUUACUAGAGAGAAACCACAGAGCAAUUGGCUUCCUUUUUUGAACAUCCAGUUUGGCAUUUCAAACGGUACGUACCAGACGAAAUGGUAUCGUAAGUCCAGUAAUAAAAACAUCUUGGUUCAUUUUCUUUCUGCUCAUCCAUCUCAUAUGAAAAAAGCUGUGAACAACAUGUUCCGCACGGCAACAACUGUUUGUAGUGGAUCUGAGGAGAGAAAUGAAUCGUUAACCUUGGCUCACGAAAUUGCUGUUUCUAAUAGUUAUGAAAUCCGAACGUCUGAAACGAUGCCGAAGUGA